AUGUCUCGUUCAAAACAGCGCCGCCAAACCAUUAGCGGAAAAUCCCGUUCGUCGCAGCUCAAACUUAGGCUGAAGAAAAACAACAAACGCAGAGCGCCGCCUUCUAUCUCAAGUGGUGAUUCAUCCAGUGAAGAUAUGAAUUCUGGUAACGAAGACGAUGACGACGAAGAUGGCGGGGACUCGAGUGAAGAUGAUGAUGAAGAUUCCACCCCAGCAGCGUUUGCCCCGUCUUAUGGUGGCAAGAAACGACUUGGCCAUAAGACGGGGCGUACUGGUGGGAUUUCUUUGUUGCAGGACAGGAAGCUGAAGGGUGAGCAGGAUGCUGCUGCCGACGACGAUAUUAAUGAAGAUGCAAUCUCGGUUAGCUCUGUUAGCUCUGUUAGCCCCGGUGAUAUCGACGAUUCCGACGACUCUGAUGAUUAUCAGGGUGUUGAUGAAGUCAGUGAUGGCGAAGACGAAGAGUUGAUGCUGGAGAAAAUCGAAGAGGAGAUCAUUCUGGAAUCUGAAAAUGAAAGGUCUACGUUAAGCAGGCUGGCCGGUAGUGUCAGCGGAGGGGACGAAUGGACGGGGUUGGAUGACCUUGAGCACCGUCCUUUCUACUCUGCUGGCUCUUUCUUCGAUGAUGAGCAUCUUCUCCUACAGUCCGGAGGACACAGUGACGCCGUUGAUGCAGGAAUGACCAGCGAGGCGGCUGAGACACCUGUUCAACGACGAGUUCACUUUGAGACGGAUGACUCGUCCGACUCAGAUAAAUCUAGUGAUGAAGAUGAGCUAUUUCCCGACUUUCUACAUCAGGAUCAACUUGACCCUGAUCUACGACGCAUGAUCGAGACGGAUUCCACUCCUGGGCGAUCACAAAGUUCCCUUGAUCUGUUUGUCAACAGUGACUUCUGUGACUUGCCUGAUAACAUCUAUCAUGUGGAGGAGUCCGAUAACUCGAUGGGAAGCUCGAGUGGUUAUGAAUCUGAUGAUGGUGAAACCACUGAUGAGGAGGAUUACCUUCCCCUCGCUACCAUCACUCAUCCAAGGUCCCUUCUCCGCAGAGAGUCGAGUGCCUCACUCUCCGGGGACGAGGAAAACAAGGCUGACUCUUGUGUUCCUCAGCGAGGACCUCUGAGAGGAACCUUCAUUGCUGAUCCACACAAACCAGUUGCUGUCGUUGCUCCCAACGGCAGACAGCUAAUUCUUAUACCUCCAUAUGCAUCUUCCCGCCAUGAGUGGCUCGAAUCAGCUGCCGGUAGCCUGGUUAACACCGCCAACAACUCGCCUCGUACUAGUACGAUGCACAAUGUCGACGACAGUGAUACCGAUGCACUGGUAUCUCCUCGUCACACCGACAUGAGCCCUAUGUUAAGCUCCAAUGCCAACCUUAUGAUGAGUGCACUGGGAAAUGACUCGGUAGGCCAGGUCACGGGCCCUCCGGAGGCAUUCUAUCCUACCAACGGCUACUUGAUGGAUGCUAGUUUCGAUGAAGACGAAGAUGACAGCGAAGCCAUGCUUAACGUCGAUGACUUCAUCAACUUCAGCGACGAUUCGUCUGACGAUGAAAGGGAUGACUCGGAUGAACCAACUUCCCCAGCUGCUACAUCUACUAUUGGCUGUCAAACACCAACACCUAGACGCCCUUCUGGUACUGCAACAGACAACGACGAGACCCCUACACAGGCCAGCAGUGCUGAACGACUUCUCAACCACCUUGAUCGCGGCAUUGUCACUGCCUUCCGCCGCAAUCAUAAUAGAUACCAGGCACUGAUCCGUCUCCCCCAUCACAGGGAGUUUUUACCUGCAAACUCUCCAUCUCAGCCUGCAAGCGCCUUCAAACGCUCGAAUCCUCGCACGCCCACCAGAAAGAGACAGGCAAGCACAUACCUUGGCAGCGAGGCUGUCCGGAGAAAGCUGGUAGACUCACACCGCAGCAGAAGAAACACUGUUGCUUACUGA